AUGAGUCAAUUGGGCGGUCCCGGAGCUCGGCAAGCCAAUGCCAAACCAAUUCCUCCUCAGCGCGGGAGUUUUCCUUUGGACCACGACGGUGAAUGUAAGCACGUCAUAUCAAACUAUCUCGAGUGCAUUAAGAAAGUGCGCGGCGUCAAUGACGCACAAUGUCGUGACCUUGCCAAAUCUUAUUUGGCUUGCCGCAUGGAUAGAAAUCUCAUGGCGAAAGACGAUUUCAAGAAUUUAGGCUUCGGCAAUCAACAAGCAACGGGGAACCACAAUAGUCUGAUACAGGACCAGAGGCAUGGCCAGGACGCUCCUGGAAAAGAAAAAGAAAUGCGGCCGGGUGAGUUGAGGUGGUGA